AUGACGUCGCCACACUUGGCCGGCGAGAAACGGCUAUCCUUUAGCUCUGAGUUCGAGCCCGAGCCCGAGCCCGAGCCCGAACACGAACAAAGCGUCGAUUCAAAGUCCGAAGAAACGGGAUUUGCGCCGAUCACACAUCCCCUUCCACGCGAUAACGGUGCCAAUAACCAGACAACGAAUCUGAGCUCCAAUGCCCAAGCCACUCCAUCACGAUCCUUAGAGCGAUCCUGGUCUUUGAAUGAUGGGACGAGUCUUGCUGGCGACGAGCGGAGGGCCGAAAGGAUAUCGUCGGAUGAAGAGCGCGCGGGUGAGAGUUUUAUGGUUGGAUGGGAUCAGGAUGAUGCGUUGAACCCGAGGAAUAUGAGUAAAGCGCGGAGGUGGAUGGUUGUUAUUAUUGUUUCGAUGGGGUCGCUUUGUGUGACUUGUACUUCCUCCAUGUAUACUGUUACGUAUGAUCAGUUGAUGAAGGAGUUUAACUGUUCGAAAGAAGUUGCCACGCUGGGAUUAUCUUUCUUUAUUUGGGGUCUUGGGAUCGGCCCGCUCUUUCUGAGUCCCCUGUCAGAGUUCUACGGUCGAAGGAACAUCUACAUGGUUUCCUUCUCCCUCUUCCUCAUCUGGCUCAUUCCCUGUGCCGUCGCCAAAAAUAUACAGACAAUGCUCAUAUGCCGUUUCUUCAAUGGCUUGUCUGGUGCUGCGUUUCUCAGUGUCGCGGGUGGUACCGUUGGUGACAUGUUUGAUCGGCAUGAACUUGCUUUUCCGAUGAUGCUCUACACCGCGAGUCCUUUCAUUGGACCUGAAGUUGGACCUCUUGUUGGCGGAUUCAUCAACGCGUUUACUACAUGGCGUUGGACCUUUUACGUGCUACUAAUCUGGUCAGGCGUACAACUGGCAUCGCUGGUAUUCCUUGUGCCAGAAACCUAUCAUCCAGUCCUUCUUCGACGCAAAGCGCAGAAACUCCGACAAGAAACCGGCGAUGACCGGUGGAAAGCCCCAAUCGAGAAAUUGGAGCGAUCGGUCCCGCAAACAGUUCUACGCUCCAUGUACCGCCCGAUCCUCCUCCUAACCCUCGAACCAAUGUGUCUGAAUUUGUGCAUUUUCUCUGCCAUCCUGCUAGGAAUCCUGUACCUGUUUUUCGGAGCCUUCCAACUAGUUUUCCUGGAAGUGUAUGGCUUCUCGCUUUGGCAGCGCGGCCUAUGCUUCCUGGGUCUAUUCGUCGGCAUGGUCAUGGCAAUACUGUCCGAUCCGCUCUGGCGCCGCAAUUACGUCCGUCUCGAACGCCAAUACCAACAAGGGGACCACGUCGAGGAAUUCCAGCCCGAGUGGCGUCUUCCGCCAGCUAUUCUGGGCGGACCUUUGGUUACGAUCGGUCUAUUUAUCUUUGCGUGGACUAUCUAUCCAGACGUACACUGGAUCGUGCCAAUUAUUGGAAGCGCUCUAUUUGGCGCAGGGACUAUCCUGGUCUAUUCGGGCAUCUUCACUUUCCUGGUCGAUGCGUAUCCCACUUAUGCGGCCAGUGCUCUCGCAGCCAAUUCGUUCAUGCGCUCUAGUUUUGGAGGCAUCUUCCCUCUCUUUGGUAUACAGAUGUAUAAUAAUCUCGGAUAUCAUUGGGCGACAUCGUUACUGGCGUUCCUGACCCUGGCCAUGCUGCCUUUCCCAUACAUUUUCUACCGAUACGGGAGUCGCAUCCGCAAGCAUAGUCGCUUCGCCACCUCGCAGAUGUGA